GGGGUGAAAACCGAAGGUUCCUUCUGCUCGCCCCUGUCUUGACCGUUCUCCAUCUUUGGCUCCGUGGUACGGUCGACGGGCAUCGAAGACAGAAAAUGGCUUUAUUAUCUCUACGUUUAGCUGCCUCCGUUGCGAGGCAGCUGCCUAACGCAACUGUUCAGGUCAACUGGCCUACUGCUGGAUUUGCUACUCGAAAAUAUCAUGUAUCAUGCAGUCGUCGCUCCGCCGAGAUCUCUUCCAUCUUGGAAGAACGUAUUCUGGGUUCUGCACCCAAAGCCGACCUAGAAGAAACUGGUCGUGUAAUGAGCAUUGGUGACGGUAUUGCUCGUGUUUAUGGUCUGAAGAACAUUCAGGCCGAUGAGAUGGUGGAAUUUUCUUCGGGUCUUAAGGGUAUGGCCCUGAAUUUGGAGCCUGACAAUGUUGGUGUGGUAGUUUUUGGUAACGACAAGCACAUCAAGGAGGGAGACAUUGUCAAGCGUACCGGUGCCAUCGUAGAUGUGCCAGUUGGUGAACAACUACUUGGACGUGUAGUUGAUGCUUUAGGUAACGCCAUUGAUGGCAAGGGCGCUAUUGAAAGCAAACUCCGUUUCCGUAUUGGUACCAAAGCCCCUGGUAUCAUUCCAAGAGUUUCCGUACGCGAGCCCAUGCAGACUGGAAUUAAGGCCGUAGACUCGCUGGUGCCAAUUGGUAGAGGUCAACGUGAGUUGAUCAUUGGAGACAGGCAGACUGGAAAGACUGCCUUAGCCAUUGACACCAUUAUCAACCAACAGAGAUUCAAUUCUGGAGGUGAUGAGAAGAAGAAGCUUUACUGCAUCUACGUCGCCAUUGGUCAGAAGCGAUCCACCGUAGCCCAAAUCGUAAAGCGACUCACAGAUGCCGGUGCCAUCAACUACACCAUCAUCGUCUCUGCCACCGCAUCUGAUGCUGCACCCUUGCAAUAUUUGGCUCCGUAUUCUGGAUGCGCCAUGGGAGAGUUCUUCAGGGACAAUGGCAAACACGCCCUCAUCAUCUACGACGAUUUGUCGAAGCAGGCUGUGGCCUAUCGUCAAAUGUCUCUGCUUCUGAGAAGACCUCCCGGUCGUGAGGCCUACCCUGGUGACGUAUUCUACCUCCACUCUCGUCUGUUGGAGAGAGCAGCUAAGAUGAGCGAAGCUCACGGUGGUGGAUCCCUCACUGCUCUUCCUGUUAUUGAAACCCAAGCUGGUGAUGUAUCCGCCUACAUCCCUACCAAUGUAAUUUCCAUCACCGAUGGACAAAUCUUCUUGGAAACUGAAUUGUUCUACAAAGGUAUCCGACCAGCCAUCAACGUCGGUCUCUCCGUGUCCCGUGUAGGUUCUGCUGCGCAGACCAAGGCAAUGAAACAGGUAGCCGGAUCCAUGAAGCUUGAGCUUGCGCAGUACCGUGAGGUGGCUGCUUUCGCCCAGUUUGGAUCUGACUUGGACGCUGCAACCCAACAGUUGUUGAACCGUGGUGUCAGACUCACAGAACUGCUUAAACAAGGACAAUAUGUACCCAUGGCCAUCGAAGAACAGGUCGCCGUCAUCUAUUGUGGUGUCCGUGGAUACCUUGACAAAAUGGAUCCCGCUAAAAUCACCCAAUUCGAGAAGGAGUUCCUUGCCCACAUCAAGGCAAGUGAGAAGGAUCUUUUGGCCACCAUUGCCAAGGAAAACAGCAUCAGCGAAGCUUCUGAUGCAAAAUUGAAGAAGAUUGUCACCGAUUUCCUUGCCUCUUUCGGAGCGUAAGUUCAGACCUGAUAUCCAAUAUCAGACAUCAGUUCAAAGCCAUCACUAGAUAAGUGACAACGCGUCUUAGGUUACAUCUGCAGAUAACUGGUCCAGAUACCAUGUACUUUUGUUCAAUUUUUUAUAUAGAAAUACAUGUUAUUUGCGCUCUGUUGGCAGCCUGUAUUAAGAAUAUAGAUUUGUAAUAUCACUGAUCGAAAACGGUUCAAGGAGCCAAUCCUGAGAGAACCGCAGAAAAGAAACGCAAGAAUUUGAUAAAAAUAAUUCCACAUUCGAACGAUAGACACGAUAGUCGAACAUAUACAUACUGUACGUUAAAUGUGGGACUUUAAUAAAAUGUAAAGUAUCCACUA